AUGAGAUUGAGAUUGCUCGAUCUUCCAUGGGAUUUAGUAGUUGAGAUACUCUCUAGAGUUCCGGCUACAACUUUGAGUCCACUGCGCUUUACUUGCAAGCUAUUGAACGAUUUAUUCAAUGAUCAAGAUUUCAUCAAAAAGCACUUGGAUAAAGCAGCAAAACAGGGUAAGGUCCUCAUGUUGAGUGAUUUAAAGGUUUAUUCAAUGACCGUAGACCACGAUGACAACGUUGUUGAUCCACAAGCCUUGCUGAACUUCAAGGAUUUCCAUAUACCAGUUGAGAUUUUUAAAAUCUUUCACUGCGACGGGUUAUUGUUAUGCACCACCGGGGACUUUAGGCUCGUGGUUUGGAACCCUUGUACUGGCCAAAUCAGUUGGUUACCAAUACUAUACAGUGAUCGUUACGAGCAUAAGUCGGAGUUUUUUCUUGGAUACGACAAUAAAAAAAACUAUAAGAUCUUGAGGUACAGCUGGGCAAAGCAUGCCCUAAACCAUCGAGUUAUUAAGUGUAGAGUCUAUGAUUUUGGGUCUCAUUCGUGGAGGGAUCUCGAUGACCUCAUCCUCAAAAAAGAGACCAUAAUAUCGAAGGGAGUGUCUUUGAAGGGGAAUACUUAUUGGAUUGCUGAUAAACAACACGAAGAAGAUCGCUUACUUAGUUUCGAUUUUUCUACAGAGAGGUUUAAGUGGAUGUCUAUUCCAUUUCCGAGUUUUGGUGACGAUUGUGUUCCUAGAGCUCUCUCAGUUGUUAGAGAAGAAGGGCUGUAUGAUUAUAUAGCAGCAUUUCCCGUCCGCUACAAAACAUUGAGAUAUGGAUGACGACAGAUGAUAAUAUUGGUCAGACCAAAGACUUGUCGUGGAGCAAGUUUUUAUCAGUGGAACAAGUUAAGAAGCGUUUUUCAAGUGGGAUGACUUUCUUUA